AUGAAUCGUUAUUUUCCAUACCCAUUUAUGAUAUUCGGUACUAUUGGUCUCAUAUUGAAUGUUGCUAUAUUUACUCGACAAUCUCUUUGUAAUAAUUCAUGUGUACAAUAUUUAUUAUUUAAUACAUUAUCUAAUUUUAUUGUAUUGUAUUGGGUUGUUACUACAAGGAUUGUAUCUGAUGGUUAUGGAGAUGAUUUAGGUCUUCGUUCAGAUUCUUUUUGUAAAAUAAGAUAUUUUUUAACUUACUAUUCAAGAACAUUAUCAACAUGGUUUAUUGUUCUCGCAUGUAUCGACAGAUGGUUAUCAAGUAUACAAGCAAAGCAACGUUUUAAUAAAGUAUUAUUUGCUCGUCGAGUAGGUUUAAUUACAUGUAUCAUAUGUUUUAUAUCAUAUGCACAUAUAUUGUUUCUUUUUGGCAUUCAAAAAGAUCCUGUUUCAUUAUCAGUAACAUGUUACGCAUUACCUGGAAUAUAUCGUCUUUUUUCCGAUCUACAAUAUUUAAUAUUUUAUGCUUUAGCACCACCAAUUUUUAUGUUAAUCUUUGGAAUAAUUACAUUGAGAAAUAUACGACGAAAUCGUCGUCUUGUUAUACCUUUAGGUAUUACUAGAAAUCAAAUAAAAAAUAAUUUAAUAAAACGACGUGAUAGUCAAUUAUUAGCAAUGUUACUUCUUCAAAUAUUUGUUAUUAUUAUAUUUACUCUUCCCUUUGCAAUACAAAAAUUAAUGGAUACCCUCACUUUGCAACUUCAACGAACAGCUGUACAAAAAGCACAAUGGAAUUUAAUCACUGCAAUUUUACGUUUAUUAUCUUAUGGUUCACAUGCGCUUGGAUUUUUCUUUUAUACACUUUCAGCAAAAAUUUUUCGUGUUGAAUUAUUAAAAAUAAUGAAUAGAAUUUAUCUUUGGUGUACUGGUAAAAAUUUUCUCAGACCAACCAUGAUACCAAGUUUAGAUGCAUCAAUGAUGCGAAAUGGGAUAGAUGCAACACAAACAAUCGAUUAUCAACGAUAUCGACAACCGAAAUAUAGAGCAAUGUUUAAAAGACAAAAUAAGUGA